AUGCUGGGCUCCCAACGUCGCGCCGGGCGCAGCUCAGCGAGCAACCGGUCGCGGCAACAACCCCGGCACAACCAGCAGGACUCCCUGGACCUCCCACCGUACGAGCCGCCGACGUGUCCUCUCACGCCGGAAUAUAUGCGCGAGCUGAACGACUUGUGCACUGGCCGCGUCAACGACACAUACGAGAAACAAAUAGCCAAGUCCGAGGUGCUCCUCGCAAAGAGUGUCUUACGGAUCAAUGAGCGGGUGACCAACCGCAGGAAGCUGGCGGCCCAGGUCGCCGCGAGGGCCGCCAAGAGGAAGCACGGCGCCGAGGACGGGGAGGCCGACGAGGCCGCCGCCGUCGCCGAGGCCGCCGAGACCGCGGCGCGUGAGCUGGAGGAGGAGACUCUUGAGUUGGCCACUCGGAUCGAGGAGGCCAUGAGGGAGGUGAUCGACAUGCAGGCCACGGUGGAGGACGAGAAGAACACGCUGAAGAACCUGCCGGAGCUGGUCACAGCGCGGCAGCAGGACCUGGCGGAGCAGGCACAGCGGGACCGGGAGGCGGCCGGCGAGGGAGGGGACGCCGACCCGCCCGAGGUCGCGGGGAUCUCCACGCUGGACGUCCUCAAGGAGGCGUGCGACGCCAAGGCCGCCGAGUACGACAGGCUCAGCCCUUACGAUAAGUACGCGGUCAACAACAAAUACAUCAACUUCAGGCAGUCGUGGCACGAGGGCCUGUACGACAACCCGGAUGACAUCCCGCUGCCCGACCCGACGAGGUGGUUCGACCGGGACGGGCGCCCGAGGCUCGAGGCGCGCAAGGAUGACGGGCAAGGGGCCGAGGGUGCUGACGAGGAUGGGGACCAGGACGGCGAUGAGGAGGAUGAUGAUGAGAUACAGAUCGCGCGCGAGAAGAGGUCGUUUAGGUGCCCGCUGUCGCUCGCCAUCAUGCGGGAGCCGUUCACCUGCAGGAACUGCAAGCACUCGUUCGAGAAGAGCGCCAUCACGGAGUACAUCAGGGGGCCUAACGGCAGAGGCCGGGUGGCCAAGUGCCCCGUGCCUGGAUGCAAUGUGGAGCAAAUCACGCUUGAUGACUUCUACUUCGAUGACGUGCUACUGCGCAGGAUCAAGCGCGCCGAGCAGGCUGAGAGGGAAGCGGCGGCGCGGUCCUCGGAUCAGGAGGAUGAUGAGGGCGAGGAGGACGAUGAGGGCGAGGAGGACGACGAGGACGAGGAAGGAAACUCACGCAUCAGCCGCGCGAGCACGGCCAAGAGGGUCAAGACAGAGCGUCGCCGAGGCGGCUUCGUUGACUCUGAUGAUGAGACCAUAGCUUAG